AUGCCGGAGUUUGGUGACAAUGUGACGGCAUGGCGACAACUGUCACCCCAGUUUGUCACAUUCUGGGACCGCUUAGAACACGCGUCCGUCGCCGUCCCCGUUUUAUCCAUCUCGAUAUCGACGGUCGCCAUCGCCUUCAACCUGCCCGUCGUCCUCGCCAUCUGCAGCACCCGUCGCAGCACCUCCAUCCUCGUGCUCGUCGGCAGCCUGGCGACGGCAGACCUGCUCGCCAGCUCCCUCUGGCUGAUAACCGUCUGCUUUGUGCAGGUGAGAAGAAGCUUGGGCGUCCUUGACGACGCCAACAUUGUCUUGAUGCAUCUGUCGAAGGUGACAAGCUUCUGGCUGUUGUCCGUAUCCGCUACGAGUCUGUUCGUGAUAGCUAUCGACCGCUACAUGGCCGUGCUGAAACCGAUCCGACACCGGCGGUACAUGACGCCGACCAAAAUGCGGGUCAUCGUCGCCACGCAGUGGACGAUGAGUCUGUGCGUCAGCGGCGUGUUCCUCCUGCUGUGCUUCGCGCGGCCGCCUCGCUACAACGUCAUCGUCUACUGCUGGAUGUUUACUGAUCUCGCUAGUGUGUCGGUGGUCGCAGCGACGUGCGCCAUCUACGCUAAGCUCUACUGCUGCUACCGCGCGCACCGACGCAACUUGGCGAUGCUGGCGCAGCGCAGCCGCCGCCAGAACGAGGCGCGGCUAGCGUGGCGCCUCCUUGUGUGCGCUGUUGUCUACGCUGUGUGCUUCGCGCCGUUUCUCUGCAUGCAUCUGAUAUCGUUCUGUCAGUGGCGCUACGGCAGCGACACAUACUUCUACGUAGAGGACGCCGUGUGGACGUCUAGCGUGGGCCUUACCGGGGUCUACCUGAUGCUGGUGGCCCGCAGCACCGCCGUGUUCAAUGCUCUUCUGUAUGCCUGGUCGCUGCCGCAGCUCAGGCGCGCCCUUCACCAGAUCUGCUGCUGCUGUUCUUGCCUAAAGCAGCGUAAACAUGUGAACCGACAGCAACGCACAGAAUCAGGACUGUCAUUGGUGUGA